AUGGGGUCGAAUCGGAUAUCCUACCCACGCUCCUUCACCCCCGAGAGCUUGCCGACGCUCUCGACCCGGGGCAGCUUGCAGCGAAUUCGCCGAUUUGACGGUGUGCAGAAGUCGAGCAGGACAUGGGAUAGCCUGCGUAGGGAUGACGAACUCUGGCUGAAAGAUGCCAACUGCUUUGUCCACCUUUACGAGGCGGCUACCUCGCGGAGAGGGCCUUCAUUAAGGGUGCCUCUUCGAUUACUCGAGCAAGCUAACAGCACCUUUCUCUUGAAUGAGUGCUUGUAUAAAUCGGCGGCUUUGAGUCCGGUUUCCAGCGACGACGAUAAUUCGGAUAGUGGCUAUUGCGGAUCGAUCAACAGUAUCACUGAUCGACUCUCUCAACCCUGCGAGCUGUACAUACCGGCACCUGCUCACCUCACGAGACAAGAAGCCUCCCUAUAUCACAUCGGAACACGCAAUUACUUCGCCUUCCUCUUGUCGAAGCCCGUCGUUGGCGAAAGCUUGGGAAGAGCGCUUGCCCAGCUCGCCCAUCGAAUCGAGGAGUGGCAGCCUGAAGCUGUCAAUUCGACGGCUCUAUUGGACUAUUGUCAAGAGCAGGGGUACCUGGAUUUCUCAGAAAACGUCGACUAUGCAUUGGCUUCUCUGUACCUCGCAGAACAAGCUCGGAUAAACUCGAUCUGGGUGGACGCGUUUGCACAUUGCGUGGGAAUGCAGGAUCGACUUGACAACUGCAUUGAUGCUGAGGGGUUGAGCGAGACGGCGAAAGCGAUGAUCAGCAAGGCGGCGUUGGAUAUGGAGGUGCAUAUCUCUCGGAUGACGAGAGCACUUGGCGAGUUUCUGGAGGAUGACCUGGGACCGGAUUAUUUGGGCCUUUCGAAGCCGUUGAGAGCACAUCUGGAUCGAUUCAGGAGUUACCUCCACGUUUACUACGUCAACCAGGUUGGAUACUUCCCACCUGAUCCCAACGACCCUUGGGACAAGAGGAUGUGGUGCAGCAUGUACGACGACUUCCGAUACUUGUACGAGUUCCUGGCCGACACAAGCUCCUCGAUCGAUCCAACUAGCAACCACGGCCUCAACGGAGGUCUUUGCGUGGUGCAGAACGUCCAGGCCUUCGACGAACGACACAGCCACACUCCUCUGCCGCAUCCACUUCCUCUUAUACCGGACAUGACAGCACGGAAGCGAGCUGGGGAGGGGCAGAGGAGCUUGCGAGGAUUUAAACUGGGGCGUUCGUCGGAAGGAGCAUCAGGUACGACCUCGCCAGAGAAGCAGGCCCUCGCACAAGCAUCCAACAGCACCAAUCGGGAACUUUUGAGCAACCGACUCGUGAAGGAGUACAUCCACUUCGAGCGCCAGAAGCUGGAGGAGAAGGUCUCGAUCAGCGAGGCGAGGAAGGUGAGAUGGCUUUUGGUCUACGGGGUCCUGCAGAUGCUCAUCGGCAUCACACGAGCUCCCACGGAGGUGCAGGACACGGAUUCGUCAUCGUAUCCACUCUGCAUUGCGACGACUGGCUGCUCGCCUCCGUGGGCACAGCAGCAGACGGCUGUGCGGAAGACGUUGGAAGAGGAUCGGAUUUCGAUCCAUCCGGACUGUGAGGCUGAGAGUGCGGAUGAUUACUUUGCUAUGAAUGGCAUUUCGAGGUCGACGUCGGAUAUCAGUCUGAGUACUUCGUCGCCGCAGCUGUCGAGGACGACGUCGAUUCGGUCGAGUGUGAAUUCGCUGCAUCGGUCUGUGGUGGGGAGUCUUUCGAGGAGGAAUAGUGUCAGACGGGGGAGUUUGAUCUUUCCGAAGAAGGAGAUGUCGUUUUGCGAUACUCUGGUCGAGACGCAGGUGAAUGGCAGUGAGGGUGGAGAGGAGGAAAGGUCGCCACAUCAGAGUCCAGUGACUCCAACCCGACACGACGAAGGCCAAAUCUUCGAACUGGAAGCACCGCUCCCGGAGAUGAACAGAGUGCCUACCCUCGAACUCCACCAACUCACUCUAUCCAACGAGUCACACCCGUUCACCAACGAACAACCCCUCAACUCAUCCGCCAGCCAGCUCUCCGCCCUGACGAGCCGAUACAGCAACAACAACUCCAACACAUCCUCCUACAUCGAACCACCGACCACAUCAUCAAACCCCACCACGCCCUCCAGCGAGCUCUCCUCCCCCGAACGACUCCAUCCUCCCAAACCCAGCACCAGCACCGCCGACCUCUCCACCUUCGACUUCGGCUUCAACGGCGCCCCCUCCCCCUCCACAACCUACACCUUCAAAGCAACCUCCACGCCCCCACCCACCUACCGCGCCAAACACCCCCCAACCUUCACCCCGCGCCACGCCAGCCGCGCCAAAGGCCUCUCCGUCAACGCAGGCACCUACUCGCCCUCCGGCGCCACGACAAGUCCCCCCUCGCGCCGCAUCAGCCAGCUCCGCGCUCUCUCCACGGAAUCCGUCGCGUCGGAGUCGAAUUGGAGCGAGGGGAGUUCGGUUUAUCCGGAGAGUAGCGUCCAGGCGGCGGAGAUUGAGGAGGAGGAGAUGAGGGGACGGAGGAGGUUGAGGGGGUUGGAGGGGUUGGAGUUUGGGAGUGUGGAUGGGGUUGUUAGGGAGUGA